AUGCCCAGCGCCGAGCUUGACCUGGCCGGGCUCGGUGGCGGCGGGUCUGAUAGUGGCGAUGAGGAGGCCCCUGCCAGCGAGCUCGGCACGACGGCAGCAGGCGCUGCCAGCGAUAACGAGAGCGACUACUCGAUGGACGUCCAGGAGUGCAACGGGUGCAGCAUUCAGUCGACUAACUGCCCCAUCUCGGUCAUCCAGGAAAAACCGAAGAGGGUGAAAUGGGCCCGGUACCGCAACAAGUCUUUCAAGAACAAGCGCACUGGCGUGCUCCGCAAGUUCAAGACACCUUCUGGCAAGUGGUGCGGGAACUGCUUCAGCUUCUGGCGGACGAACUUCAAGAGGGAAUUGCCCCACCUCGAGGAUUGGGACACGGUUACCACGGAGAAGGUCCACAUCAAGCGUAAGUUCAGGAAGAUGCAGGGCAAUUGGGUUAUCAAGAAAGGCGGCGGAGCGGUCAGGCUGCGAGGCUCGCAGAAGAAGAAGGUGACCACCAAGAAGAGCGUCAAACAGCAACUGGUCGAUGGCGGCGUCUACUUUUACACCGAGAAGGCGCGUCGGAAAAAAUUCGGAUGCCCCAGAGAAAACAAAGCCAAAAAGCACGUGGUCAAGCAGAGGGACGGCACCGAGCUUCACGGAUACGCCGUGAGGCACGGCGAGGAGGGCGUGUUCCAGUUGAAGAACAUCGUGGAGGACGAGCUGGCGCUGGAGGAGGCGGCUCUCGAGGAGGGCGACGCGCUCCACGAGGAUCAUGCCGAUGAAGUGUUCGCUGGCGCCCAGGCAGAUGCUGCAGCAGCUGGCCCAUCCAUCAUGAACGAGACGGAGGCGAGGGAGCGCGCUCGCCUGGCUGAGCUGAAGAGGAGGGCGGCGGAGGCUUGCGACCUCGACGAGCCCGGAGAUGAUGGGCCCGAUGGCUCUAGCAGUGACGGCGAGUCAGAGAAGAGCGAGGGGAAGAGCUUCUCGGCGGGCGAUUCGGACUCCGAGGCCCCAAGCGACCCCGGCAAGGAUGCGGAUGCCAGCAAGAAGGAGAAGGCCAGGAGCAAGGCAAGAGGCGGCAGCUCAGCUGCCAGCGUCCGCAGCAGCACUCCUGCGACGAGCAAGGCCGACGAGAAAGCCAAGAGCUACGCGAAGGAGCUCCUGAGUCCUUUGGAGGAGGCCCUGGGCGACUUCCUCGACAGCAAGUGGUCGGCCAUCAAGCCGCGCCCAUUGGGGCACAUGCUGACCGAAAUCCAGGAGAAGAUCGGCGCGGCCAAUCGGUUCCUCAAGGCCAAAGGGGCCAACACCACUGGGCAGGAGAUCGCCUCGCUGGCGGAGCACGUCGAGAUGCUGACGCACGUCUGCGCGUUCAAGAAGGGUUUCAACAAAUUGCAGAGCCUCGAACCCGCGGCAGCCAAACAAACGUACCAGACGCUCAAAACGAAGUUGAAAGGCAAGCAGGUCCCCGGCUACAUUGCGAAGGUCGUAUCGGGCAAGAACUUGAGCGCUGUCGAUAGCUUGGGUGAGCAGCUGAAUCUGAUCCAGGACUCGAACGCCGACGGCCUCGGCAUGGUCCCAGUGGAGGUGAUCGGCACUCACCUGGACCAGAUGAAGACCAUGCACUCCACGGAUCAUGACGAACACUUCAAGCAGCUGGUCACGUCAGUGGCUUCCCUGGGGGGCUUGCCGAAGACAAUUGUGGAUGACAUGAAAGCCAUCAACGUCUACUACCAGACGCAGGAGAUCCCGCCUGGCCGAGCGAUAUCGUCGGCCAUGAGGGCAUCGGUGCAGACGGCCGUCACCCGUCUGACGCAAAAGAAGGACUCCUCUGUCUACCUGGUUCUUAUCAAGCGGAGGAAGCCCAUUCCCUUCGAGAAUGCCCUGAAGGGUUUGACCGAGAAGCUGAAAGAGGUGCAGGCGACAGAGCAGAAGCAGCAAGUGGCAACGGACAUCACCAAAUCGUUGAAUUCUUCAUUGAGCAUGUUGCCAGCGACUGAUCGGUCCGUGAUCUCGCACCAGAUGGACAAGUACAACGCGCAGGUCACCCGCUGCAGUGGUGUCAACUGGACCGAGACGAAUGGCGACGAGGUAACAGAGGUCAUGGUCACGUUCACUGACAGAAUGGCAGCUUCGAUCAUGUUCCAGGUCCCCGGCAACAUCCUCGAGGCCGAGGAGGGCACGGUGAAGGACGUGCUGAAGUGGGUGCAGGGCCAGGCCCUUUCCCUGGCAAUGUGUGUCGAGAAGCUGCGCGACAUCAUGGCCCCGGCAUCGCCUCGAUUCGAUCAAGAGAUCUCACCCCGAGUGGUCGCGCUGCGCAACUGGGCCUUUUUGCUGCAGUACUGCAAGUACUUCAAGGUCGUGGAUAUCCUGGCGAGUGGUGAUCCAACAGAGCGGCUCAACGUAGCUCUGAGCAAGAUGACGAGCAGUGAGAUCUCAGGCUCUGCUACGAUCGCCAAGCACGCUGUGAAAGAGGGGAACACGCCGUACCCCACCGAUCUCCUGAGCAUUCUCAGCACGACGAUCGAGAUCCCAGACAGCCUGAACUUCACGAACGUGAUGACGAACCUAUGUGAGUUUCACAAGUUGAUACCUGGGCCUCUCUGCAAGACAAUGCAGGCCCUGAUGCAGGUCAACAGCGAAAAUGGUGUGUCCCCGGUCAGCAUCGCAGACAACGACCUCAACAAAAUUUCUGUGACCGUCACGGGCUCAUUGGACAUCCCUGAGGAGGUGACGAACCGCGUGCGCGACGAGAAGCUGACCAGCAUCCUGGGCAAAUUGGACGGCCAGAUCAGCAUCGGGUUGCUAUACAAGAGCUUGGCAGAGAAAUACAAGGACACUUUCGGAGACGAGCAGAUCGACGAGUUGCCGACUGCGCCCGGCUCCGAAUCUCUGCGCGUCCCUUUCCUGAUGAAGCUGGUCCCGGCCCUCUGUGCUGCGAUCGCCGUGGACACUUGCGACCAGGGCUCGGAAAAGUUGCACCAGGGUUUCGUGGAGAACAAUCGUGACGUGUCGGAGCUCGUGGAUUGGAUGUCUCGCGAAGGCGCGGAGACGGGCUGCCCGUCGGAAGACACGCGCCAGCACCUGAGCCACGUUCUCAAACAUUGGACCGAGGCGAAGAAAACUAACAUCCUGGGCACCCUGGAGAAGAUCGCAGGUAAGCUCGAGACACUGAGCAACACAGUGCAGCCAAACAUGAUCGACUGCAAGGACGCGCUCAAAGACUUGAACCCAGAGAAAAUGGAGGUCAUCAAGGAUAUGCCUGGGCGCGUUACGCUGAUGGAGACUAUCAGAUCGAUGAACGUCAAACAAGGCAUGUGGAAGAAACUAUCGUGUCCGGUCGCAGGUCUCUUCGACAACAUGGCGCAGCUCGAGGAGAAGGUCCAGGAGGCAGUGAAGGAGAAGAACAAAGCAAAAACGAUGGUUGCCAUCAGGAGCGGCAUGUGCCUCCUCCUCGCAAAAGAUGGCGCGGCUCUCGUGGGCAACUUCUUCAAGGAGCUGAAAGCUGCCAAGGCAGCGAUCCCCGCCAAGCUGAAGAAGGCGUUGGAAUCGCUCCAGACGGAUGCGGGCCUGGGCGGCGGCGAAGAUGACGCUGAG